AUGAGAAGUCCACCAUUAGUGAGGUAUGGUACAAAUCCUCAAAUGAAGAAGCACCAGUACCGGAUAUAUGCUCUUAAACUCAGUCUGGCGUUACAUAAUUCGGUCGAUAACAAUAUCAAUCUGAGAGUGGUAAGUUUGUUGAGCGACUUCGAAGAAAAUGAUUUUCGUGCUGCAUCCUUACAGAGAGGUUAUGCAACUGAUUGGGUUCCAUAUGAAGACGCCCAGAAGAUCGUCGAAAAACAGAAAGAGAAUUGGGCUUAUACAGUUUAUAAUCUUCUUGAGGCCAUCCUUACUUUUCCGGUUAAAUUAUUAUUUAUUGAAUGUUAA